AUGGACUUUGUGACCGGUUUAUCGAGGACUAGGUUGAAAUUUGAUACGGUUUGGGUAAUCGUGGAUCUCUUAACUAAAUCUACUCAUUUUCUGCCUAUCUGGGUAAACUAUUCAAUGGAGGAGUUUGCGAGAUUGUAUAUCAAGGAGAUCGUAAGCUUGCACGGUGUGCCAUCGAGUAUAGUGUCGGACCGUGAUCCCCGAUUCACGUCAAGGUUUCAGGGGGUUCUCAAAGAGCUUUCGGUACGAGGCUAUGUCUCAUCAUCGCAUAUCAUCCACAAACGGAUGGACAGUCAGAAAGAACUAUUCAGACGGAAUGGAAGAGCAAUCAAAACAAAGAAGUUGAAUCCGAGGUUCAUUAGGCCGUUUAAGAUUUUGAGGCGAUUCAGGCCGGUGGCUUAUCAAGUAACUUUGCCGCCUCACUUGUCUAACUUGCAUGACGUAUUCCACGUGUCACAACACCGUAAGUACAUGUCGGAUGUGGCUCAUGUGUUAGAGCUUGAGUCGGUCGAGUUGAGGGAGAACUUGACAUUUCAUGUAACAUUAGUGAGACUUGAUGACACUAGUGUGAAGAAACUGCGAGGAAAGGAAGUUUCACUGGUUAAAUUUGCUUUGAAGUGA